CCCCUCCAGAACCCUAAACCCUUCUCCCCUGCGGCUGGGCGGCGGCGGCGGCGGCGGCUACAAGCUCCUCGUCGACUUGGAACCAUGAGGCCACCAGCUCGAGGACGCGGCGGGAGGGGAGGGAGGUUCGACGGCGGCGGCCGUGGCGGCGGCGGCCGGGGCUUUGGUGGCGGUAGAGGCGGGAGGGGCGACAGGGGUGGCAGAGGUGGAGGCGGUGGCAGGACUCCGAGGGGGGGCCGUGGUGGCAGGGGCGGUCGCGGUGGUGGCAUGAAGGGCGGGAGCAAGGCCGUCGUGGUGCCGCACAAGCACGCCGGCAUCUUCAUCUCCAAGUCCAAGGAGGACGCUCUCUGCACCAAGAACAUGGUACCCGGCGAGUCCGUCUAUUCAGAGAAGCGCGUCUCCGUCCAGAAUGAGGAUGGGACAAAGGUUGAAUACAGGAUAUGGAACCCCUUCCGUUCCAAGCUGGCUGCUGCUGUGCUUGGUGGUGUUGACAACAUCUGGAUUGCUCCUGGUACUCGUGUGCUGUAUCUUGGUGCUGCUUCUGGCACAACCGUGUCUCAUGUGUCUGAUAUUGUUGGACCAGAAGGGUUGGUCUAUGCUGUUGAGUUCUCUCACAGGAGUGGUAGGGAUCUUGUCAAUAUGGCAAAGAAGAGAACCAAUGUGAUCCCCAUUAUUGAGGAUGCUAGGCACCCUGCAAGGUACCGCAUGCUGGUUGGCAUGGUUGAUGUUAUCUUCUCUGAUGUUGCACAGCCUGACCAGGCUAGGAUCUUAGCCCUUAAUGCAUCAUACUUCUUGAAGAAUGGUGGCCAUUUUGUGAUUUCAAUCAAGGCCAACUGCAUCGACUCCACCAUGCCUGCUGAAGCUGUGUUUGCUGCUGAGGUGGAGAAGCUGAAGCUUGAGCAGUUCAAGCCAUCGGAGCAGGUGACCCUGGAGCCCUUUGAGCGUGACCACGCCUGCGUGGUGGGUGGCUACAGGAUGCCCAAGAAGCAAAAGGCUACUACGUCUUAAAGAGAAGAGAUGAUGGCAGUCUUCUUUCUGAGAUAUAUUAUGUUGUAUCCUGGAGAAAGAACUUUUGUGCAAGUGUUAGGGUUUUGUAGCAGCUAUGUUAAACUUGUGCUGGUUUAUCAGCAAUUUGGUUGAAUCAAGAUAUUGUAGUAUUGCCGUUCAUUUUCCUCGUAUGAAUCCCUUGCCUUGAUGUC